AUGAAAAGAUUUUUUUCUGUUGAAACAAAUUCUAAAAAAAAUACAUCUGAAAAAGAUGAACAAAACCAAGUUGAACCUUCUACUGAAAUUUUGUUAAAUGAAAAUCCAAAGCGUAACAAAGUUAGAUCUAGUCCUGAUCCGAAGUGGAUGGGAAAUGGUAAUAAUGCUUGGUUGGAGUACAGAGAUGUGAAUGGAAUAAUAUUUAUGUUUUGCAAAUGGUGUAAAUCGAAGAAUUAUGCUAAUGAACUUGCAAAAGGAACAAGAAAUUAUCGAAAACAAAGUAUUGAUCGACACCUUAAUCAUCAUGAACACAAAGCUGAAGCUGAAGCCAAAAAAAAUCAAAAUAUUAUGGCGAUUAAAUUUUCACUUCAAUUAGCUACCGAUGCUUGUAAAAUCAAAACAAUAUCACAAAUGCAAUGCAUAUAUUUUGCAGCAAAGAAAUAUUUAGCACUUUCUGUCUAUCCUGAUUUAUAUCAAUUUAUAGACUUUCAUCAAAAAAAUUCUGAAGUCAUGAAACUUUGUGAUAUGCCCGAAGUAUUACAAUUACCAUCACAUUUAUCAAAAAAUUUGCCAUUAGAAUCGAAUGAAUAUGGAUCUCAUUUAUCAGAUACAUCUGCUAAAGAUAUUGAAGAAGCGAUUGUGUAUGUAAUUGAAAAAGCAUUAUAUGAAGAAAUUAGAAGUUCAGUUAACUGGAGUGUUAUGAUUGAUGAAACUAAUUCUAUUACUGAUGAAAAGCAUUUAGCUAUUGUAUCUCGGCAUAUGGUUUAUAAUGUACCAGUUACACAAUAUUUGGGAAUUAUUAAUUUAGAUGAACUUAAUGCAGAAGCAAUUACAUUAGAUUUAAAAAAUUUUUUUAUUGCUAAAGGAUUAGAAAUAAAAAAUUUAUUGCAUUUUUGUAGUGAUGGAGCUGCUACAUUAAUUGGCAAAAAAACAGGUGUUGUUAAACGAUUUCAGGAAAUUAAUCCAUUUAUUACAUCUGUUCAUUGCAUUGCACAUAGACUACAUUUAGCUGGAAAAGAUGCAGCAAAACAUGUUCCAUAUUUUAAUCACUAUGAAACUUGUAUUAAAAGAUUAUAUACUUAUUUUUCAAGUUCUUAUCAACGUAUGCAAAAUUUAAGAAUGGUACAAGAUAUAUUAGAAGAUCCUCAAUUAACUAUUCUUAAUAUAGUUAAUACAAGAUGGUUAUCAAUGUCAAAUAGU